GGCGGCUGUCUGUCUGUCUGGCGAGAGAGGGAGCUGGAUGAGGCGGACUUGCAGGUAUUUGUAGGGAUGCAGUUCUUUGGCCGCCUGGUAGAGACCCUGAACACUGUGAGCAAUCUCUUCGCCAAUCCUUACCGUGUGCGGGAGGUCCCAUUGUCUGAGUAUGCACCUCACAACAAAGUCAUGGAUGAUGGCCGAGUGGUGCUUUACCGAACAGUGCACUCCUGGGACUGCUUGCUCAUCAGUCCAAGCACACCUCAAAAUGCUUUCAGGUUGUUCCAGGUAAGCUCUGAAGUGGAGGCAAGAACUGUCUUCUUACAGUUUGCGCAGAAGAUGAGGCCAUUCUAUGAGAUCGCAUCGGACUCGCUGAAACUCGACACUGUGCAGCAGCUGACUGACUGUUUGCGAAGCCACCCAGACUGGCCCCUGGCCCACGUAGCUGUGGAGAUGGGCAUGAAGGAGAGCUUCCGCCACAAUCACAUCAUGAGCUGCAUCAACGACACAGAAACUGAAGAGGGCAUCACUCCUCUACACCUGGCUUGCAAGAAGGGGGACAUAGACUGCAUUUGUGAGCUCGUGGAAGGAUGUGGAGUUCGCUUGGACAUUGCAGAUAAGAACAGGGAGACGGUCUUCCACUAUGCUGCUAAGCUGUCAAGUUGUCAGAUCAUUGAGUUGUUAAGUAAACAGCGUUCUAUUGGAGUGAAUCAUUUGAGCAACAACGGCGAGACGCCACUUCACAUUGCUUGUCGAUUGGGGAGAGCUGAUGUGGUCAAGUCCUUACUCCAAUGCCAAGCUAGUUGUAACAUCGUUGGAUCACAUGGUUAUCCAAUCCAUACGUCCAUGAAGUUCAUUCAGGUUGGAUGUGCUGAGGCUAUUCUUGAAGCAGACUCAAAACAGGUCCAUAGUGAAGACACUUGUUAUGGUGGGACACCUCUUCAUUGGGCCAAGAAAGCUGAGAUGAUCCGGCUGCUGAUUAACCAUGGAUGUAGCUUGAACUACUUGAGUAAAACCGGAGAAACAGCAUUGCACAUCAUGGUGAAACGUGAGCGUUUUGAGUGUGCUUUGGCACUUUUGGUGCAUGGAGCUGAUACAAAUAUAAAGGGAGAAAGUGGGAAUACACCUCUUCACCUUGCCAUGAAGCUUGAUAACUUGGAACUCAUCAAGGCUCUGAUUGUGUUUGGUGCUGAUGUGAAAUCCCCCAAUGAUUUUGGAGAGUCGCCUGGUUUAAUUGCUGCUCGACACAGUAAAGGCAAUAAUCGGAAGGUGAUGCUGAGCCUACUGUAUAGUAUAGGGGCUGAAUGCUGUUACCCGCCUUCUGACUCCCCCACAUCGUCAGCUAGACAUCCUGCAAGACCAGCCCCUGUGAGAGGCAACACUGGAUUAGGAUAUGAUGAUAUUCUGGGGAUUGCCACUGUGCUUGGGUCCUUAUCAAAAGGAAUGGAUGUUCCAGAUGCUGAUGGGUAUAGGCACCGGAGAUAUGAUCGGUUGCUGUGCCUGGACGGGGGAGGAAUCCGAGGUCUCGUCCUAAUUCAGCUGCUAAUUGCCAUUGAACAGACAGCAGGCCGACCAAUUCGAGAGCUCUUUGAUUGGAUAUCAGGCACCAGCACCGGGGGAAUUCUGGCUCUUGCCAUCGUACAUGGAAAAUCCAUGGAGUACCUGCGCUGUCUUUAUUUCCGGAUGAAAGAUGAGGUUUUUAAGGGAUCCAGACCAUUCUCAUCAGUUCCACUCGAGGAGUUUUUAAAGAAGGAAUUUGGGGAAAAUACCAAAAUGACAGAUGUUAUAAAACCUAAAGUCAUGGUGACUGGAACUCUCGCAGAUCGACAUCCUGGAGAACUCCAUCUGUUCCGCAACUACGAUCCACCGGAGUUGCAACAUGACCCACCGUAUCUACGCACAGCAGAGUUCCAGGCUCUCACCCAACCUAAAGACCAGCUAGUGUGGCGAGCAGCUCGAUGCAGUGGUGCGGCCCCUACCUACUUCCGACCCAUGGGACGUUUUCUGGAUGGGGGACUUCUUGCAAAUAAUCCAACGCUGGAUGCCUUGACUGAAAUUCAUGAAUACAAUCAGAAUCUGAAGAGAAAGGGCAGAGAGAAUCAGGUGAAGAGACUUGGCAUUGUGGUUUCACUUGGGACAGGAAAACCGCCGCAGGUACCUGUGUCCUCUGUUGACGUCUUUCGACCUUCCAAUCCUUGGGAGCUGGCUAAAACUGUCUUUGGUGCCCGGGAGCUGGGCAAGAUGGUAGUUGACUGUUGCACUGAUUCUGAUGGUCGAGCAGUGGAUCGAGCCAGAGCUUGGUGUGAAAUGGUGGACAUUCCGUACUUUAGGUUGAACUCUCAGUUGAAGACCGAUGUGAUGCUGGAUGAGAUCAAUGAUACCAUUUUAGUCAACAUGCUUUGGGAUACUCAAAUCUACAUCCACCAAGAGAGGAAAAGAAUCCAAGAGCUUGCCCACUUUCUGUUAAGUGCUUGACUUUUGGGGAAGGACGAUCAAUAGAUGACUGACUGAAUCAAUGACUGAAUGUUUGAGCUGACUGAAUUUUUGCCACGUAUUUAAUAUUUAAUUUUUUUUUACUAGUGACGACUAAAACUAAAUUAUUGUAUAUUGCAAUAUCUCAACCCAACAAAAACUCACAAUGCCUGAGACUUUUGUGCCUUGUGGAAAUAAAAUCAAGAAGAAAUAGAGAAGGAAUUCUGGUCAAGAGUGUAUUCAGCCGUAAAUCUCAUAACCUCUCUUUUUCUCUUCAGCGAUGCACUAGCUGAGUGUUCCCAGCAUUUAUAUUUGACAGUGUUACUGAGGGGUAGCUGCUGAUUAGAAGCCAGGAUCCAGUCUGACAGGCUGAUGGUACGCACAAACUUACCUGUCCUUACCAAAUCAGCUGGAAACCCUUUGGAUUUUUGCCGGAGAAAAGCCAAGAGCCAACUGCAUCUGACCAGAUUGUUUAUCCAAUCUGUUAAUGGUACAUAGUAUUUGGAUGAUGGGUCAGUGUGAUUUUGUUAAUAUAAACUUUAAAAUAUAUUAUACAUAACAGUAAUUAUAACCAUGCAGAAUUAUGCAUUUUUUGAUAUGCCUUAUUAUAUCUCUUUCAGUUUUGACUCAUUACUGUUACCCAGCCUGUUAAAGUUCUUGAACUGAGAAAGAGGCCUGAUAUCACUAAAAACCAAGAUGUCCCAAAUACAUUAAGGGGAAUAUAAUUUGAAAAAUAUAUCCUUUUGUCUUUGAACUUUGGCAUCGCUUCAGACCUCUGAUAACACAAGGUUUGUUAAUGUUUGCAAGAAAAACACAUUUUCCUUUAUCAGACUGGGUAGACAAGCUCAAUUUGUAGACUAAUCAACAUGAUUUGUUAAUUGUUCAUUGGGUUAAUGGGAAAACAAAUUAUAUUCUCCACAAUCCUAACCGAAAUUCAAUCAAAGUCAAUGCUUUCCUGUGGAAGCUAAGUGAAGGUUUAAGGAUAAUGUUUUGUUCUUAAUUACAAGAGAGUGUGAAGUUGUAAAUGCAGAUUGGUGUUCCUCUCCCUCUACCCCUAUUAUGUUUAGAAUAUGGAUUCAGGACAGCCUCUAUAUGUGAACAGUUAGUCCACCUCUGUGAUGGAAGCCAUAAUAUUCCAUGCACCGUGUUCAGAUGAAGGGUCCCAACCUGAAACACCGACUGUCCAUUUCCCUCCAUAAAUGCCUGCCUGACCCCCUGAGUUCCUCCAGCACCUCUGUGUGUUGCUCCAACAUUCCACGCACUUUUUAUGGAACAUAGCGGAUUGCAAGUUAGCUGUGGUGUUUCAUAGAGUUAUGCAUCACAGAAACAGACCCUUCGGCCCAACUCAUCCAUGCUGACCAAGAUGCCUGUUUUAUAUACAUUAUAACCCUGGUUAAGCAUCUUUGGUUCUAAAGCACAUUGGAGUGUCCAGAAGUUGUAAAAGGCACAGAUCUUUACUCUAAAGUCUUUAAUAGAAAAGAUUGUACGUUGCCCCAGAAAACUGUAACGUUGAUGGAUUGCAUAGACUUGUUUUGAAUAUCCGUUUAUUCUAAUUGACACUGAACUGACAGUCUUACAUAUGAAUUUUUAACAUACUUAAAUAUUUGCACUCCACUUUGUUGUGUUCUACGAAAGCUGAGAGUUACAAGUUACAUAAAUGCUGCUGUACUGUGUUGUCUGAAAGAAGACCAGACAAACUAUACCAUUAUACAAGCAGAAUAUUUCCUCUAAAUGAUGCAAAGAGGAUGGUUCAAACUGGAACGCAGAGUCUCUCUGUUCUAUCAUCCGUGUCUAUGAACUUAUUAACAUGAUUUUGCAUUAAUAGUGUAUGAUGUAAUUUAAAUAAAAGAGUAUAACAAAACAAGAUGAAUGCACUUCAGUCAGUUGGAUUGGACCAAAGGAAGGGAGAUUUUCGUCUUCACAGAAGGAUGAGCUGGGACC